GGCGGCGGCGGAGGGAGCGCGGGGAAGGCGGCGAAGGGCUGCCCCGGCGCUCGGGUACGGAGUCGGGCGAUCCGAAGUUUAUCGCUGAAACGAGAGGGGAAAAAAAAAAAAAAAGGGAAAAAUAAUAAUCAUUAAAAAAGAGAAUAAAAUAGAUACAGGAAUAAUUAUAGCUAGGUAGAGACAGAGAGAGAGAAAGGAAGAGCAUCCCCCCCGCAGCUGCCCCGGAGGGAUGCGGCGGAGCGUGGCCGGCGGGACCCCCCGCUGCCCGGGCACCACCCGGGGCCGGAGCGGGGCUGAACCGUGAGCGCUCACCCCGGGAGGGCCGGACCGGGGCGGCGGGGACUCCUCCCGCCCUGCUCAGCCUCCGCGCAUCCUCGGGCGCCGCCGUGCCGUGCCGAACCGCGCCGUGCCGAGCCGUGCCGGGCCGCUCGGUCCGAGCCGUGCCGAGUCGGUGUGAACCGAGCAGUGCCGAGCGGUUAGGAUGAGGGGCAUCCUCUACUUCUGCACGCUGAUCCUCCUGGAAGGUAUGGCGGAAGCUGUCAGCUCAAGCAGGGACUGCCUUCAGGCAGGUGAAUCCUGCACCAAUGACCCCAUCUGCAGCUCCAAAUUCAGGACCCUCCGGCAAUGCAUCGCAGGUAAUGGAGCCAACAAGCUGGGCCCCGAUGCCAAGAACCAGUGCCGGAGCACGGUGACGGCCCUGCUCUCCAGCCAGCUCUACGGCUGCAAGUGCAAGCGAGGCAUGAAAAAGGAGAAGCACUGCUUGAGUGUCUACUGGAGCAUCCACCACACGCUGAUGGAAGGCAUGAACGUUCUGGAGAGUUCUCCUUAUGAGCCAUUCAUCAGGGGCUUUGAUUACGUACGGCUGGCCUCCAUCACUGCAGGGUCUGAGAACGAGGUGACCCAGGUGAACCGCUGCCUGGACGCCGCCAAGGCCUGCAACGUGGACGAGAUGUGCCAGCGGCUGCGGACGGAAUAUGUCUCCUUCUGCAUCCGGCGCCUGGCUCGGGCCGACACGUGCAACCGCUCCAAGUGCCACAAGGCCUUACGCAAGUUCUUUGACCGUGUGCCGCCCGAGUACACCCACGAGCUGCUCUUCUGCCCCUGUGAAGACACAGCCUGCGCCGAACGCCGGCGGCAGACCAUCGUUCCGGCCUGCUCCUAUGAGUCCAAGGAGAAACCCAACUGCCUGGCGCCGCUGGACUCUUGCCGGGAGAACUAUGUCUGUAGGUCACGCUACGCAGAGUUCCAGUUUAAUUGCCAGCCCUCCCUGCAGACUGCAAGUGGCUGCCGGAGGGACAGCUAUGCUGCCUGCCUGCUGGCCUACACCGGGAUCAUAGGCAGCCCCAUCACGCCCAACUACAUUGACAACUCGACCUCCAGCAUAGCACCCUGGUGCACGUGCAACGCAAGUGGCAACCGGCAGGAAGAGUGUGAGAGCUUUCUGCACCUUUUCACUGACAACAUCUGUCUCCAAAAUGCCAUCCAAGCCUUCGGCAACGGGACCUAUCUGAACGCAGCCACGGCCCCAUCCAUCCCCCCCACCACGCAGAUGUAUAAGCAGGAGAGAAACGCCAACAGAGCUGCGGCAACCCUCAGCGAGAACAUCUUCGAGCACCUCCAGCCUACCAAGGUGGCUGGAGAGGAGAGGCUCCUGCGGGGCUCCACUCGUCUGUCAUCAGAGACCUCCAGCGCAGCAGCUCCAUGCCGCCAGGCAGCCUCCCUGCUGCAGCUGUGGCUUCUCCCCACUCUUGCUGUGCUGAGCCUCUUUGUGAUGUGAAGCAGAGUGGGACCACGCCAGGCAGUGACUCUCUUUGUGUCGGUUUCUUUAAAAAAAACAAAACAACCAGACAAGGAACUUCUUUCGGGAGGUGGGGUAGGAGGAGGGAAGGGAUGGGAAGGAGAGGUGAGUGUGUUGGCAUCCCUUUCUCCUCCUCAUCCAUCUGCCAAUUUGUUUGAUUUUAUACAAUCAGCAUCACCAACAGCCAGCUCAUCCUUUGUCCUGGCCACCUUUCACCCCACAGCGUGGUUGUUGUCUCUCCAGCUCUCUGUGGAUUGGGGUUGUGAGCCACAGACAAUUCCCUUGGAAAAGCUGAAGGAGAGAGCUGAGUCAAGAAACGAGAGCUGCAAUGUAAAUGCUUUUGCCUUCCCCAGCCAAGAGGGGAAAGACUUUUGAUGGAUGAGAUGUCAGGACGUUUCCUGAAGCCCCAACUCACACUGCGGGGCAUUUGGCAGGAUGAGUCAAGUGAUGUGUCGUACAGAUUGUCUCCAGGGUUGCUCAGGACCCAAAGGACAGAGUUCACUUCACUCUGGUUCAGAGUGAAGAAACCAGAGCCCCUGGUGAGAAGGUAGCUGGUUCUGUUCACCAGAGAGGAUGCUGAAGCACCUCUGGGGUGGAGCAAGCAGCCAUACAACAAAUUGGCUCACAGGGACCAUCCACCUGCUUGAAACUACGGCUGGCAUGCAACCAGCAUGCGUCUCCAAGAUGUCACCUACUCCUUGGGCCCUCCUCUUCAGGAAACGUGUACUGUAUUGAUCAUGUUCAGGAAGAAACACGUGUGUUGCAUUUUGUUAAUGGCUGGCUUUCUUCGUCUCCCAACCCUAGCAUCUCUACUUACUCUACUUACUGGUCCUGUGAAGUGUUUGGGGUAGGUACUUUUUCAUGAUGUCCAACCAGCCAGGGGCCAAAGUCAUCCCACUCCCAGCCAACCUCUCUAUGUGCAGGAUAAACCCGUGAGGCCACAGGUAGGACUCAAUAUGAGUGCAACACAAUCCAUUCUCACCAGCUACCUGUGCCACUGUCGGUCUUGCAGGGACACAGAGGGACAGCUGAGGGAUGUCACUAGCUACGUAAGGAAGAGAUAGGAUACAAAGGGUUUUCAUGUCCUUGGUAGGGAGUGGAUUGUUACAGUCCCCCUCCUUGAGGAGUUGCUGGAGGAAAUCACUUGUAUCCAGGCUAGCACACUAAGGACACUGCCUCCUUCCAAGUGCUAAUUACUCAGCCAAGGGGUGGCUUAAGGAAAGGCUGGAGAAGUGACCCAACCAGAUGGAGGAUGAUGACAAAUGUCUCCCAGAUUGCUCAAGGCACAGGAAGGAAAACGUGUGACCUUGUGAUACACCAGCAUCCAGGGGCCUUCCCUUGAGGAAGUGGGCUGGGGUGUCCCAGAGCCUUGCGGGGAGAUGAACUCCAUGCUAGACCAAGCCAAUAAAGAAGUGGUAAGGAAAAGUAGCAAGGUUUCCCUGGACAAAUGCUUUCCCAGGUUAACCACCACACAAGGGACAGGAGCAGCUCAUUGCUCCCUGUGAGUUUCACAGCAGCCCAUUUACCCUUUGGUUUAUGCCUCUCCGAGGAACAGCACCAGUUGCUCAGCAUUUGGAGGCAUAGAAAAUUUUAGAAGCAGCUGAAAUGGCAAAGUCCAGCGCUUUUUAUUCCCAUUCCCUGCAGAGCACUUUCCAUCGCUUUAAUGCUUCAGGUUUUGCUGAGAAACUGCAGCGACUUUCUUGGGGCUUGGUCCAAUAUAAAACCACUCUUGUUUGCAAAUGAACAUCUGUGGGAGUGUAAGACAUGGCAGAAACCCUCCUGGCUGCGUCCUGGCUGAAGUUCUGCACCUGGGGUUGUCCUAAUCCAGGAGACAGGAUCCUGGAACACGCUGAGAUCUAAGUCUUGCACGCAGGGUGCCAGGGGAUGCGCUGAAAUGAAAUGUGUGUGCCAAAACUUCAUGGCCAGGAGGAUCUCCCAGCAUUGGAAAUGCAGCAUGGGGCAGUGGCACAGGUCCCAGACCUCCCUUCAGAGUGCCAUAGCCAUGCCCUGAGCUGGUGUGAACAUUUCCCAUUUAUCCAGCCCAUCACUGGGGCCAUCUGUGCAAGUAUGAGGUGUAAUUCCAAAAACCUGUGUCUUCUGAGCCACAGGUGAGAAAGAUCAAACCCCAUUGGAGAACAGCAAGGAACUACCUCAACACCAUGAGGUCGUGCUGAGAAUUGCCUUUGUCUGCUGCUUUCCUUUCAAGUCCUGCAGUCCAGAACUGCUCUUCUGCCCAUCUGGUCUCAGCAGAUGGGUCCCCACCAGCCUUUGGUCUUCUGGUAUCACGGGCUGAGUCUCUGCACAGCAUAGGUGUGUAAGGGACGGGAUGUGUAUGUCAUGCUUUGAAGAUCUUAGGAUGUUGGCAGUCCCUGAGCUUUGCUGGCCAAACAAAGCCUCAGAUCCCGUUGUGGUGUCUUCUUGUGUCCUCCAUUUUGGGAGGAUGGCAGAACGGUCCUGAGGCUGCGAAAGGCAACCGCAAAUCACUAUGGAUCAUAUCACAGAGGCUUUGCACGAGGGGGUAAAAUAAAGGCGAAUGGUCUGUUGGGAUUCCUGCAAAAGUGUAAAUGGGGGUCUGCUAGAGGGUUCUUCCUUGUGGUCUUGACUGAGGGGUCUGAAAAACAUCUGCAGAGCUGACCUUGCAGGUCUGAAAAUGCGCUCCCCAUCCUCAUUCCUCGUGCUGUGCUGUGAGUUUGGAAGCAGCAUCCCUCAAGCAAUGGGCCACCUCCUGCUCUCCCAAGGAGUUCCCUGCGGUCUGGGGAUGUUUUGCAGUGAAGAAGGGCACAGAGCAAUGAGCCUCCACGCAGCAGGAAAGGGCCAGUGGUUCCAGUGGUUGGGAUGGGUGUUCACAUGGUGUUGGAAUAAAAAAAAAAAUCAAAAAAUCUGCAUGAAUUUUCCUGACCAUUCCACAUUGUUUUUUUUUACCAGUACUCUAAGCCCAUUCACGAACCAAACUUGGCAAAAAAAAAAGUAGUCACAGCAGCAGAGGGAAAGGACUGAGUGAGCCAAGGGAGAGAAAGGGAGACCACUUUUUAGCAAUUUUUCCAUCCCUGAGGACUUCCAUAAGCACAAAGAAGAGUUGUGGGAAAAAAAAGUGGCCAGCCGACUUUCUACAGCCACUGAACUCUUUUUUUUCUGGCUGCUCAGCACCGUUUCGCAGUGGUUUGGCAGUUCCUCGCAUCCGUGAGAUGUCGUGUAUGUACAAACACCGCGUUGUUGACCAAGCAAGAGGGCGAGCAGGGAGGGAAAGUGGUGUUGGGAAAGGAGCCCCAUGGGUGGCAGGGGAUGCUGAUGGGUGUGCGUGUGUGUGUGUGUGUGUGUGCACGUGGGGAGGAUGCUUGGUGUCUGCCUGUGCUGCCGGGGUGUAACCUGUACUUAUCUCUUCUGUACGAGUCGAUAUUCAAGACAUAUCCAUGAAUAAAGCACACAUGCAUUUUCCUGAC